GUUGUUCUCUCCCCACACCCUUUAGUUUGGCCGGGUGUUUCACUCGGAUAGGCUCUCUAGGGCCUAACGGGUCCGUAGUCCCACCCCUCCAUGGUCCAAGCAUUACGUCAUCGUCGGGGGUGGGGGGCAGGAGCUUGAACCAGAUAGGGACUGGGGGAGGUAUGGGUCUCGGUGGGGGGAAGGGAGGGGAAGGGGCUCAGGGGUGGAGCCUGUUGCCUGCUGCCCCACCUUCACUAUAAAAGGCAGUGCAGGGGGGCUUACGCUAUCUUAAGAGUGUAAGUCUACGAGAAGAAUCGUUGUGGGUUCCAAGUGAAACUGGGAGGGGGGUGGGUGUGUGUGUGAGAGAGAGAGAAGGAAAGAAAGGAAGCAAGGGACAAAGAAAGAAGGUAGGGAUCCACUUCGCAAGCCAGGCAUCAUGCGUGAGAUCGUGCACAUCCAGGCUGGUCAGUGUGGCAACCAGAUAGGAGCCAAGUUUUGGGAGGUCAUCAGUGAUGAGCAUGGGAUUGAUCCCACAGGCAGUUACCAUGGAGACAGCGAUUUGCAGCUGGAGAGAAUCAAUGUUUACUACAAUGAAGCAACUGGUAACAAAUAUGUACCUCGAGCAAUCCUGGUGGAUCUGGAGCCUGGCACAAUGGACUCAGUCAGGUCUGGACCAUUUGGCCAGAUCUUCAGACCAGAUAACUUUGUUUUUGGCCAGAGUGGUGCAGGAAAUAACUGGGCCAAAGGCCACUACACAGAGGGAGCAGAAUUAGUCGAUUCUGUCCUGGAUGUAGUGAGGAAGGAGUCAGAAAGCUGUGACUGUCUCCAGGGCUUCCAGUUGACCCAUUCCCUGGGAGGUGGCACUGGGUCCGGAAUGGGAACCCUGUUGAUCAGCAAGAUCAGGGAAGAGUACCCAGACAGAAUCAUGAAUACCUUCAGUGUGAUGCCCUCCCCCAAAGUGUCCGACACCGUGGUGGAGCCCUACAACGCCACCCUGUCUGUGCAUCAGCUGGUGGAGAAUACCGAUGAAACCUACUGCAUCGACAACGAGGCUCUGUAUGACAUUUGCUUCCGAACCCUGAAACUCACCACACCCACUUACGGAGACCUCAACCACUUGGUCUCUGCCACCAUGAGUGGAGUGACCACCUGUCUGAGGUUCCCGGGCCAGCUGAACGCUGAUCUGCGCAAACUGGCAGUGAACAUGGUACCUUUCCCCCGCCUCCACUUCUUCAUGCCAGGCUUUGCCCCCCUGACCAGCCGUGGUAGCCAGCAGUACCGAGCUCUGACGGUGCCUGAGCUCACCCAGCAGAUGUUCGAUUCUAAAAACAUGAUGGCGGCCUGCGACCCGCGCCACGGUCGCUACCUGACUGUGGCCGCCAUCUUCCGGGGCCGCAUGUCCAUGAAGGAGGUGGAUGAGCAGAUGCUCAACGUGCAGAACAAGAACAGCAGCUACUUUGUGGAGUGGAUCCCCAACAACGUGAAGACGGCCGUGUGCGACAUCCCACCCCGGGGCCUCAAGAUGUCUGCCACCUUCAUUGGCAAUAGCACAGCUAUUCAGGAGCUGUUCAAGCGCAUUUCAGAGCAGUUCACAGCCAUGUUCCGUCGUAAGGCUUUCUUGCACUGGUACACGGGGGAAGGCAUGGAUGAGAUGGAGUUCACCGAAGCGGAGAGCAACAUGAACGACCUGGUGUCCGAGUAUCAGCAGUACCAAGAUGCUACUGCUGAUGAACAAGGGGAAUUUGAGGAGGAAGAGGGGGAGGAUGAAGCUUAAUUCAGAACUUGAGGGUUUAGGAAAAGGAAAAGCUUUAGUUAAGAAUGCAAGUCUUUUGGGGGGAUGGUAUCUUCAUGAUUGUACUGAAGAAGCAUGGUCUCUUUAAAUGUGUACUUUGAUGCUCUCCACUGUUGCCUGUCACCAUUUUUUUUCGUAACUGAUUACAUUAAUGUAACAACUGUGAUACUUCUGAAAUAUUGUUUUAAAUGGCUAAAAAAUCACAUAAACAUUUGUGACUUUAA